GUGUGUCAUGGCGUUUGAAAAAGACUUCAUAAAUGAAUGGCCGCCACCUUCUCAGCCUCUUAAUUCAUCACUAGAAGAGCCGUAUAAGAAGAAAUAUAAACUAGAGAAAGACUGUCAUUGUUCCUCUGUGUUUUCUCCUGAUGAAAUACAGUUAGCUUGUAAUGAGGAUAAUAUGGACAUGAGAUCAUUGCUAGCAAAAUGGUGGAAAAGAAGAGUGCAAGAAAAGAAUUCUGAACUGAGUGAAAGAAAAGGGAGCCCCAGGACUUUACUUAAUCACAUACUCAAGCUGCCAUCGGCCAAGCAGUUCCUAAAGUUAUGUAUUGAUCACCUUCGAAAAGAUAUCGAUAGGAAUAGAAGGGAACUAGCUCUUUGCUGGUAUUUACUUGGUGACACUAAUGAAGCAAUGAACCACAUGCAGCAUUACCUUGCUCAUACUGAUCAUCAGUCUGUUAACAAUGAUGCAAAAUGGACAGCAAAACUGAUAGAGAAACAACACAAUGUCUUACAAGGUCAAGAGAAAUUAUUAUUGGCUCUAAAAGAAAGGCACUUAACACGUUAUGAAUUACCACCAACAAAUAAGGUUGAGAGAAGAGAUGCCUCUGAUCUCAGUGUUAAUGAGUUUUUCCAUCAUUAUGCAAUGAGCCACACCCCACUGAUAAUUACUGGCCUAAAAACAACAACUGUUAAAUGGGACCUUGAACAUAUUAAAAAAGCUGUUGGUCAUAAGGUAGCUCCAUUACGUAAGUCAGUCUCUGAUAGUGUUGAAUGGGCAAAACUUGAAUCAUGUGGCCAAUCAACAGUAUCAGAUUUUAUUGAAGCUGUUAAAAGAAAGGAAAGUUAGGCAAUGAUAUAUUUGUUAUAAAUAAUUGUUUUUGACUCUCAAAACAGGGGAUAAAAGAUAUUUAUUUGAUUGGAGUAUCCCUUUG